UUUGCAGGUCUGAAACUCACACAAUGAGAUGGAAGCUCUGACACGGACUCUGUUUUUUGUGUGCCUUUGCAUUCAAGUUACUCAAACCGAUGGCUCGUCUUGGACAGCUAAGGUGCCGACCUCAGUUAAAGGUCUUGUUGGGUCAUGUGUGGUCAUCCCCUGCUCAUUUGAUUACCCACAGCCAGAAAAUAAACAAGUCUCUAAUUACACUGGGAUUUGGAACAACGACGCAAAUCAACCUAUCUAUCAUCCAGUCAAGGAAAAGAUCUUGGAGCAGUAUCAAAAUCGUACAACCCUGUUGGGAGAUAUUAGAAACAAGAAUUGUUCUCUGAAGAUUAAUGACUUUCGGUCCAGUGAUGGAGGCCCUUUUUAUUUCAGAAUUGAAAUGGAAAACUACGACAAGUAUUCCUACUUAAACUACAAAGUUUCCAUCUCAACAAUUGAUGAACCACAACCCGUCACCCUCUCUAUGGGUGAGGCGAUAAAGGAGGGAUACAAUGUUUCAUCGUCCUGCUCUGUGUUUUACUCCUGCCCCACCUCUCCUCCUGUUUUCAACUGGAGUCACUCCGGAGACCAGCACUUUCACUCAGAGCUGCUCAGUGACGGCCAGUGGAAAGCAACGUCGAAUCUGACAUUUCGCCCAACCCACGCUGACCGCAAGAAGUCUUUACAAUGCAGCGUUCAAAUGCACAAUGGAAAGCCACUGUACACAGCAUCCAAGGUCAUUCAAGUGAAAUAUGCCCCUGAGAUAAAGCAUGCCUCAUCAUGCUCCUCAGAGGGCGACAUGGUAAAGUGUGUGUGCAUGGCUGAAUCCAAUCCUUCCAGUAUCAUCCACUUUGUGCUUUCCAACAAAGUUCACCUUACCGCUGAAGUAGAGCACCAUGGCUAUCUUACUGUCGGGACUGUGCAGGCUAACGUUGGGUCCUCCACAUAUGUGCACUGUGUGGCAAACAACAUGGAGGGCAGUGCCAACGUCACCCUCUCCCUGCCUGUUAAGAUUAAUAUGCUGUAUAUUUACAUUUCCGCUGGAGCAGCCGGAGGUUUGAUGAUCCUUGUAGGAGUAGUGAUAGUCGUUAUAAAAUGCAGGAGGAGAUCUGGAGACACAGCAGAAUGUAACUUGAGCGCCACAAAAGCAGAGAAGGAGUUGGAGCUCUCUGUGCCUCAGUAUUCAAGGACACAAAGGUUUGAUGUUAAUUCACAUCAAAUACAAUCCUCAUAGUGUCUUUAUAUGAACAUUUAAUAACUGUACACGUUUGCUUUCUGCACAGAUCAGUCAGGAAAAGGACCUAUGAUGACGCGAGAUGCCAAAGCAUUUAUGCCAACAUGGAGGUAUGUAACUCUUCCUUAUACGCUCAUGUCAAACGUGCAUGCAAGAGGAGACAGAG